AUGACAAAAAUUAAUUCCACUGUUUUAUCGACUAUUAUUUUAUAUAUUGACUCGGUUACCACAUUAAGAACGUUCAUUAAAAUAUCAAGACACACACUAAAAUCAAUUUCUGUGUUACAAAACAAUCCAAUUCAUAUCUUACGAUAUAUUCCUUUCCUUUUCGAGUAUAGUUCUAAUAUAAAAACUCUAAGUGGUUCUAUAAUUCAAUUACAAAAAUAUCUAAUUGGAGAUGAUUUGAAAAAAUUCGAAUGUAUCGAUUGCUCACACAUUUUAAUAAACCCCAAAUUGAUAAGAUCAAAUUUUAUUAAUAAAAUUGUGUCAUUAAAAAUAUUAUCAUGUGACAUUUUACAAAUAUUGGAUUUUGCAAAUCUCAGCAAAUUAGUGAUAGUCUCAACUUGUGAUUUGGGCUUUGAAUCAACGUUUUUAAAAAACUUAUUAAAACUCAAAACCUUAUUAAAACUUCAAACAGUUGUUUUGUAUAUGAAAAGUGCAAGUCAAAAUUUUUUAAAACAAAUUGAAAAAUGGUGUCAAACUCAUCAAAAUAUUUUUGUUGGUAUUGGUGUGUUACAAGAAGUCAGAUUUGAUAAACCCGACACUCAAAAUUUUCAAAUUGUUUCUUUCGAUAUAAAAAAUGAAAUUUCCUUAAAUUUUGAAACUAAAAAAGAAAAUGAAAACAUUCAAAAAAUUACUCGAAAAAUUGAACAACUUGACAAUCUCGAAUUUGGCGAAUUGUUAUUUGAAAUGUCUAAAAAUGAAAAUAAAAAAUUACGACUUGAAAUAACCAAAAAUUUAGUUGAAGAAUUUAACUUUUCUACGACUUGUUUUGAUUGUUUAGAAUUACAAGUCAUGAAUGGAAAACACUUGAAAUUCUCUUCGAACUCAAAAAUUCAUAAUUUGUCAAUUGAAACUAAAAAGUGUUUAAUAGACCUCAAAACCAUCUUUUUAAAUAAAAAUAUUGUGAUACUAAAAAUAAACGGAGAAGUACUUUUAGACAAGACAGAAAAAUCAGAAUUAUUUUUUAAAGCGCCAAAACACAUUUUGGCGAUGUCUUCAAACAUCAAAAAUUCACAACGAGUGUAUUACGACUUUUCAAAUAAUUUUUCCUGUUUAACACAACUUGAAUUAAUUUCUCUUAACGACACAUUUGAUCUAAAAGACUUUGAAAAUCUCGAAGAGAUCAAAAUUGAGUGUUUAGCAAAGACGAAAUGUCAUAUUAAUCUUCCUCAUAAAUACAAAACACACUUAUUUCAUUGCAGUCCCUUCAGAGAUGAAAUAAUGAAUUAUCGCCGUGCACUUUUUGUCAAAAGUCUAAAAGCGAAAAUCACUUUUGAAAGACUUGAAGAGUUUUCUGAUAUACAAAUUGAAGGAAAUAUUGAAGAACUGAAUCUCGAGAAGUGCAAAGAGUGUGUUAUAUUAAAAGUACUUUCAAAUGCCAAAUUGACACAAAUUGUGCCAUACACGUUUGAUUAUACUUUGUGGGUCAAUAAAGUAUUUAAAGGUACUGUUUUUGGCUAUGGGAAGUCGAAAGUGUUAAUGACAAAAGAAUUGGUGUUAACUGGUAAUAUUAUUGUAGUUAAUGAAAUUGCUCAUUCAAAUACAACAAGACUAGAAGAACAAAGUGUUAUUUAUUAUAAUGUUGGUAAAUAUUCUCAUAUUAAAAUAGACUCAAAAUAUAUCAACAAAAUCACUGGAAUUUCUUUUGGAGAAAAGAACUUUGAUUGUACAGUGCAAAAAUCUGAAAGAGUGAAAAAGGAGGUGGAGGUGAAUCAAAACGUUGUUAUCGGAAAAGACGUGGGAGUUGUGAGUAAAAGAGAUGAAAAGUCUGUGUUUGUUUGUCAAAAGCAAAAGAAUGAAAAUAAAGUUGGAGGUAAAGGAGGAGUAAAAGGAUUUGGUAUAUCAUCAAAUACAAAGAAAGGAUUAUAUAAGACAAGUGAAGACGAGUAUGAAGAAGAUGACAUGGAAUAUGAAGAAGAAGAUUUAAAAGAAGAAGAAAAGAAGUAUUUAAUUUAA